CCACUUUCAAGACUCAGGCCAUAUCAAGACUUGGUUUUGGUGUGGUGAACAAGUUGUUUCUGCAGCUUGACCCGGCCCAUGACCCAAAAGGCAAGAGUUUUGACAAUUUCCCAGUGUUGCAAAUGGCUUUUCAUCGAUCGGACUCGGAGGUGAGGCACGAGGAGAUACCAUGGUGGAUGAGGAGGACGGCAUCUUUAUGCCCUAUUUAUCACAAUUCAGAUGUCCUACUAUCUUGGUUUGCAGGGGAAGAAGCUCUUCAGCUUGAAACACUUACUGAUGAGGAAAUUAUUGCGGGCAUUUCAAGUACAGUUAAUUGCUUAUUGUCGCAGCCUGAAGAACCCCAGGUCAAGUCCGGUACACCAGAAUUGUGCAAUGGCAAUGUAAAAUCUGCGCACAGAUUCGUUGGAAGUGAUGUGAAGUUCAAGAAAGUGUUGAAGAGCAGAUGGGGCACCGAUCCCCUGUUCUUGGGAUCGUAUAGCUAUGUAGCUGUCGGUUCAAGCGGUGAUGAUUUGGACACGAUGGCCGAGCCAUUGCCGCGGGAAAGUCACGAAAUCAGCACGUCUCCAGAACUGCAAAUUCUCUUUGCAGGAGAGGGAACGCAUAGAACACACUAUUCUACUACUCACGGUGCUUAUUUUAGUGGAAUUAGAGAAGCCGAUAGGCUUCUUCAGCAUUAUGACUCUGUUUGAAUAUUAUAUCAAUUAGAGGCAAUCCUGCUCUUUUUCA